UGUUACUGUAGUUCUUAAAUAUUUCAGAGAGUGUCGCUGUUCACCAGCUGUGGAGCCUUGGACACGUAUCCACCCAUUUGUGUAAUAUUUCUAAAAGCUGCACACUUAUUUUCCUGAGCUUUUCUGGUUGGCGAGUCGGUGGAAAGCAGAAAGCAGUAAUAAUAAUCUAAUUUGAUGUUGAAUAGGGGAUUACCUGUUUCAACUAUCAGCUGUUCCGUAAAUAUUUUCAGACUGGGUUCAGAGUCGAAAUGGAAUACAAAGGCUACCGUGGCAGGAUGCAGGCACUGCGGGUUUCUGUUAUAUUUCUGGUCAUCUCACAAAUAACGUAUGGAGACGUUAGUUAUUCUAUCCAAGAGGAGAUGAAACGCGGAUCAGUAAUUGGAAAUAUAGCAAAGGAUCUCGGACUUGAUGUUAAAGGAUUGUCUGCUCGUAAUGCUCGAUUGGACAGCGAAGGGACCGGGAGAGAAUUCUGCGACAUUAACCUGAAAACGGGAGAUUUGAUUGUGGCUGGCAGGAUCGACAGAGAGGAGCUUUGUGGGGAAAAGGCGUCUUGUCCCAUAAAAUACGAACUUGUACUGGAGAACCCACUGGAGCUACAGCGUAUUACACUCCAAAUCCAGGAUAUUAAUGACAACACACCCGUCUUUUCCAAAGAUCAAAUGAUGUUGGAAAUUUUAGAAUCGGCAAAUAAAGGAUCACGCUUUCCAGUAAACGAAGCACACGACCCGGAUAUAGGAGAAAAUGCAGUUCAAAGUUAUACACUACAAAAAAAUGAAUAUUUUUAUUUGGAUAUUAGUCCAAGUACGUACGGUGGAAAAUAUGCUGAGUUGAUAUUAGAAAAGGAGCUGGAUCGUGAACAAAAAGAAGAAUUAACAUUAUUACUUACGGCAGCAGAUGGUGGGACUCCUCAAAGAUCAGUUUUGCAUCAGGCGGAAAUCGGGACUGAUGUUUGA